GAGGCUUGCGCUGGAGGAUCCCCGCUCCACCGACAGCCCCGAGAGCACCGCUUUUCAGCCGGCUUCGAGAGUGUCCGGUCGUCCCUCGGCCGUCUCCGUUCCUUGGGAGGAUUCGCCCGCGUCUUGGCAAGAAGGUGGCAUCGGAGGUUGGAGGGAGGGGAGCUUCGAGGCACCUUCUUCCUCUCAUCCCCCACCCCCACCCCACCCCACUCCGUUUGGCACACCAGCUCCAGCCACGAUCCCUUCUCCGGCGGACCUUGUGGUGGGGAGCGAUUGGGAGAGCCUUCUAGUCGUGGUGGAUCUGGCUCACUCUCCACGGAGAACAUGACCAAGGCAAGAAGAUUCUCCGGGAAAACCUUCUCUUGCGCGUCGCUCUCUCUGCUCUGCGUCGGGACGCUCGUUUGCCUGGCCGAUGCCAAAGGGACCUAUUACCGCCCCCCGGUGCCGAUAUCUUAUGGCAAGAGAUACAGCCUUUAUACCUCGGGAUCCAGUCCUCAGCUCACGCCGGGGAAGCCCAUGGGAAAGCACAAGAGCUAUUGUGCCUAUGUGGUCCAGAGGAAUGUAACAUGCACCCUACAGGAUGGAGCAGAGAGCUAUGUGAAAGCUGAGUAUCACAAGUGCAGCUGGGGACUCAAGUGUCCUGGGAAAGUCCUGUAUCGCACCUUCUUCAGACCCAGGUACAAGAUUGGCUACAAGACCGUGACAGAGAUAGCAUGGAGAUGCUGCCCAGGUCUCAUUGGAGAAGUGUGUCAUGAUAGUCCUACUGACCAGCCAGGGCUUCUGCCACAGCAUCCCAGCCCCAAAAUACUCCCUACACAGAAGAUGUUCCCAGGUCCUAGAGUUCCCCCUCAUCCCAAAAUCCAUGCAGAACCAUAUCCAGGACCAAAGAAGAACCACUAUGGUCGAAAAAUGCCUGGUUUGUUUGGAGAUAGACUGGACCGGCUAGAGGAAGAAGUCAGGCGUCUCUCACAAUCCUAUGACAGUCUACACACCAUGGUAAGCAGCCUAGGAGACCACUUGCGACUUGCCAUCCAGGAGGACACCAGUAAGAUGAUAGGAUCUUUGAUGAACAGCCCAAGUGUGCCUGAUUCAACAAUGGGAUUUGGAGUAAUUCCUGAUGGGAUUGUGGAUGCAGCAGACAAAGCUGACCUUUCCCCUUAUCCACCUGUGGGAGAGAUCUUAAGCAAAGUCACUGCGGUGAGUGAUACAUUGAAAAUCAAAACUGACCUACUAGAGGAGGUGCAUGGCAUGGUCUUGGACCACGAUGGGCAGAUUAAACACUUGCUGGAAUCAGCCCGACCUUCUCCCCUCACUUCCAUUGAUAUGCUAGAAGAAUAUGUGGACAGCAGGCUUAGCAACCUGCGGGUGGAGCUCCUGGAUGGUUUUGAAAAGAAACUGGUGAACAUCCAAAGCACAUGUGAUUUCCGGAUCAAGGAAGUGCAACAGCAGUGUGAGGAAGAGAAAGCUGCCAACCUCCGUCUUCAGCAGACCUUGGACGGCAAGGAACUGGAGAUAAAGAAGGAGAUCUCUCAGCUGGAAACACAGAUUCAAGGCCUGACAGUUGUGGAAAGUUGCUGUAGCAACUUGAACUACCUCACGAAACGAAUGGAUAUUUUAGAGAAGGGUCUUCACAGUAUUUCUGAAUCUCAGAAGAAUCUACACUCCAGAAUGGACAGUGAACUUUCCACUGUUGCCUUGGGAAGUGUCUUUGAAGGACGCUUUGAGGACCUUGAAGCCAGGCUGAAUAUCACAGAAAGAGAAACAGGAAGUUGUUGCUCCACAGUGGAGGACAACAUGAGAGGUCUUCUGGGAUCAGAACUGGAUGGCACAAGGACCUUGUUUGAUGAUAAAAUGAGAACCCUGGAGGAAAGAUUCAUGACCAUUGUAGGAGAUGUGAGUAAUGUUAGCUCUACGGUGGGAAUAGAUGGAGCUGUAAUGCCCUUCUUAGAGGGAGAGCUUGCUAACAUAAGGAAGGAAGCAGAUGAGAAAAUGGAAGUAAUACAGAGCCAGAUGGUCACCCUGGAAAAUACAUGCUUGCUGGGAUGUGCAUCCACUUCCAAAGAUGUUGAGAUAUUUCGUACAGAAAUUGAAGACUGCCAAAGCAAGAACCAAGAUUUACUACUGAGGAUGGACAGCAACUCUGACCUAUUGAAAAAACUCAACGCUACCAUCCUGGAGAUUCAGAGACGGAUCGAGGAAGAAGCAGCUGGGUCCUUGCAAGGGGAGAUCACACUGCUGAAGAUCAACCUGAAUACCGUGAGUAAAUCUCUAACUGGUCUAAAGGAUUCUGUUUCCCAGUAUUCUGACACAGUGCUGCAUGUCAACUCAUCUGUGGAUCAACGUGAACGCAAGAUAGAAGAUGAAGUCCAUUCCAUCCAAGAAAAAAUCAGUGACCAAGGCUCUCAGCUUCUGUUCAGUAACAAGCGUGUCCUAAACCUAAAAGGAGACCUUGAAAGGCUUAAGUCCAGAAUCACCAAUGACUUGAGCAACUGUAGGAAUGCAGCUCUCAGCCUGCAGAAAGAAGUGCUCCAGUUUGAUGGCCGUGUGGCCCAAGUGGAGGAUAUGUGUGGCAGACUGGGCACGAUGACGGGAACCCUGGAUCACAUCAGAAGUGAGAUGGAGAAUAAUGCAGGAAGUCUGUGGGGCUACAUGGACCACAUGAACGAAACGUUAGCGGCCCACUCUCAGGAAUUAACUGUGCUCAAGGAUAAUUUGCUGGAUUGCCAGGCAAAAGUCACAGAAUUAGCUGAAGACAUCAGCCUCUUAGAAAGCAAGCUUCAAGGCACUCAGCAUUAGCUAUAGGGAGCCCAAAGAACAACUAACUUAUACCAUGUGGACUCCAGUGUGACGGUGCCAGGAUUUUAUUUGUGUUUUGGAGGGGUGAGGGAAGGUUACUAAAUGUUAAAAGCUGCUAUAAUCCUUUCUUUUUCCUAUGAAUGACACUUUUCACUACAGCUUAAGCUGUACAUUUGCCAUUACUGUACUCUCUGUGGAUACUGAGCAGCUGUACUAAUGUAGCAAAGUGCCUUCCCAUAGAUGGGGCCAUGUUUGGAUUACAUUUCCAAUAUGUGGUUCAGUUCAGGAAGAAACUGGAGACAGAUGUGUCGGAUGGACUCUUUGCUUUGGGAAUAGUUUAAACCCUGCUAUUUAAGAGCUGGGAAAGGAGAAAAUCAACUCCUGACGAAUAUAUUAAUCCACAGGAAGUUAAGGUCUGGUUCAGGGACCAUUCAAAACAAGACCAUCCGCUACAAGGAAACGGAUUUCAGCUGAGACAUAUUUUUCCCUUCCACGUUGAAUAAAAUCUAGACUGGAAUUCUUCACAGCAAUAUUGACUGGGGCAAAGAUGUGGGACAUAUAGGCAGAAAUCAACAGGGAUUGUAUGAGUGCAUUCAGUAAUACCGCUCAGCGCACAAUCAGCUCUCCCAUGCCACUCCUGUCUUGGUUACAUAAUUCAUACCAAUUUCUCCUGUUGGUGUCCUCAAGCACUGUGUGCAGUCUGCUGUUUGCAUGGACAAAGGCAUGAUGGGGGAGUGCAGGAUCCAUCGACUUCGUAAACAGCUUCUUGCAACUCUGGGGAGCAGAGGCAGAGAGCACAUGCAGCUAUAAUAGUGCUAGCUGUAGUCACAUUGUGCUCUUACACAAGGGGUGGUAAGAAAGUAGGGGUAGGGAAAGUUUUAAAAAAUUGGAUUGUUCUUCCCAGAAUCCAUCAAACAAAAUCCUGUGUUGUCCGGGGGAUUCUGGAAGCUGUAGUUCAGAAAAACAACAUCCACAUUUGCUCCCUGACCAUGUAGGAAAAAGGAAGAAAGGAAACUUCCUGGUGUAAAAAAUAACUAUGGUUUGGUUUGGUUUGUUUAAUUCAGAGCAUAUUUGAAAAUGAAAUCUUUCUCAGGGGCACCUCUUGAGCAACCAGUUAUAGUCCUGUUUAUAUUGUACUUAUUUAUCUGGAAGAUAUAUACCCUACUUUUCAACAAAAUGGUUCUCAAGACAGCUUCCCAGUAGAAGCUUAUAAGAAUGCAACAUGCACAUCUAAACCCACAUAGGUUCUCUGGCCAAUGGAGCAUAACAUGCAUCCCUCCAGAUUUGCAGUAUGAGGGCAACUGGCAAGCAAAGCAGCAUGUUCUUUCAAGAGCCUAGGCAUUUUAAUCCAAAAAAACUUAACCUUUCCAAGUUGCCUCUCUUUUGGACAGGCGAAUGUGUCCUUGGCAUAAUAUUCUUGUUGUGAAGGUGCAGCCGCUCGUAAGCCCUUGGUCUCCAUGUCAACGGCUGGAACCUGAGUGAGUAGCAAAAAGGAAUGACUAGAAUGUCCAUUUUGUAUUUUGCUAAAAACAUACUAAACUCCCUCUUCCUGAAUCAAUAUACACACUAUAAUUAAGAUGCCUUUCAGCAUUCACACUUGUCACAAUUGUGUGAUGCAGCUAUCUGGCCUAGCCAGUGUAAACAAAGGGUUGAAAAUGCACAUAAAACCAUGUAAAAUUUUAAAAUCAAAAAAGGGGAAGGAA